UUGACUUUAUCAGUCCAAGGACAUCAUUCGCCUGGAAAGGGGGGGAAGUUUGAUCCUCUUUCUCACGGAUCCCAGUUACGGGAGUUUUCCUCCCGUUUAUCGAGACCCAGGAUUAUCCUUUCGUUUUUCAAUUCAUGAUUUCUUCAAUGAAGCCUACGUGAAAUUGUGCUCAGUUUACCGUUAGCCAAUUCACUCCACUAAACUGGGGUUUCUCAUACCUUUUUUUUCUUUUUGAAUUGUUUUUUCUCGAUUGAGCCCAAUGACUAUGCUCCUUGAUAGCGCUCCUCAGUUCCCUUCACUAGGAGUAGGGGGGUUCGGAACGCCUAGACACCAUGAGUUGGGAAACCGAGACCCCGGGCUGGGGCUCAGUCCAUUCGCAGAUUCAUCUCACUCGGCUGCCUUCAAGAUAAGUCCCGUUACUCACGAUAUCGCCUCCAGCCAGUCCUCAGCGUUCACCCCGCAAGCUACUGGAUACGCAGCUGCGCUCGGACACCACCACGGAGGACAAGUUGGUUCUUACGCCGGUGGAGCAUUCAAUUCGACCAGGGACUUUCUCUUCAGAAACAGGGGCGCAGGCAUCGGAGAGACCGCGCCGCCGAGUGCCCAGCAUGGAAUCUUUGCCGCUUCUGCUGGGAGUCUACACGGGCCCCCCGGAAUUUCGGACAACCCGGGACAUCUGUUGUUUCCUGGACUUCAUGACCAGAGCGUGAGCCACACUUCACCGGGAGGACAUGUUGUAAACAGUCAAAUGCACCUGGGUUUACGCGGGGACAUUUUUGGCCGUCCAGAUCCGUACCGACCUGUGGCCAGCCCUCGUACGGACCCUUACGGCACCGCUCAGCUUCAUAACUACAACCAUCCCAUCAAUAUGAACAUGGGGAUGAACGUACCCACACACCACGGUCCGGGGGCCUUCUUCAGAUACAUGCGGCAGCCUAUUAAGCAAGAAAUGUCUUGUAAGUGGAUAGAUGAGAAUCAGAUGAACAGACCUAAAAAGACUUGUGACAGAACUUUCAGCACAAUGCAUGAAAUGGUGACACAUGUUUCAAUGGAACACGUUGGCGGCCCAGAACAGAGUAAUCAUAUUUGCUUCUGGGAGGAUUGCCCGAGAGAGGGGAAAUCCUUUAAGGCCAAAUACAAACUGGUGAAUCACAUCCGAGUGCACACUGGAGAGAAACCGUUCCCUUGUCCAUUCCCCGGUUGUGGGAAAAUCUUUGCAAGAUCAGAAAAUCUUAAAAUUCACAAAAGAACUCACACAGGUGAGAAACCAUUUAAAUGCGAGUUCGACGGCUGCGACAGGCGCUUCGCGAACAGCAGCGACAGGAAAAAGCACAUGCACGUGCACACAUCUGACAAGCCAUAUAUCUGCAAAGUGUGUGACAAGUCCUAUACACAUCCAAGCUCGCUCAGGAAACACAUGAAGGUACAUGAAUCUCAAGGCUCAGAGUCGUCUCCAGCUGCUAGCUCUGGAUACGAGUCCUCCACGCCGCCAGUGUUGGUUUCUGCGAACACUGAAGACCCGACAAAAACACCCACGUCUGCAGUGCAAAAUACAUCUGCACACAGCGAUGGACUACCGCCUAAUUUUAACGAAUGGUACGUUUGAAGCUCCAAGCAGACUCUCAAAUGGUGGACCAAAAGGUUGAAGUAACCUUUUAAAAAAACUAUUUACGCUAUGGCGUUCAAAAUGGCAUUGAAACAACAGGAAAAGAUGAGAGUUCGCCAGCAGGCCUCGUCCAUUCUCAGGAUUCGAAAUCUGACUUUAUUCCGAGUUCGAAGAAAACUAGCAAGGCAUAAAAUAACAAAAUAACACUUUCUAAGAAGAAAUGGGUUUCCUUUAGUUUUCAGAUUUCAGAUGAUUAUUUUAUUUUUCAUUUUAUGUAUUUUCUGAAGAAAAAAAAAUAUUUAAAAAAUAAUGGCAAAGAAAGAAUAUUUCACGGUGUUUUAUAUUAAGGUGACACUCACAUCACCUUUUGAUUGAUUGUUAAAACUUCAGACAGUCUUAAGAAACGUGCCAAAGUCUUUGUCUUGAACUUGAACAAAAAAAAAUAAUAAAUCAUAAAUAAGUAUAUAGCCUACUCGUGAAUGUAUUUCCUUGUUUGAUGGAGUCAAAUCUGUUGUCCAAGUCCGUUUUCAGGUGGAGAAAUGUGGUAUUAGCUUACGAUUGUUACCUUUGAAUAUAACGUUGCCUUUGUUAAUAAUGAUGUAAAUACAUAUCCAUGAUGCCAUAUUUCAUAUUUAUCAAUUUGUAAUUUAAUUAUCGGCGAAAGAGCCGAAUCUUAAAUGAUAUUUAUGUAAAUGUUUUCUAACAAGACUGUACAGUUUUGAGUCAAUAACCAGUUUUAACGAUGAAAAGGGAGUCAGUUCUAAAGUUCCCACGAUACGAUUGUAUCUUUUUUAACCAAUAUAUGUGUCUUAUCUGGGUCGUAAAGUAUUAAUUAUAUUAAUAUUAUGACAUGACAUGAUCUAUAGUUUCAAGUAUGCAUUUUCCAACGCAAGUUCAUGUGAGGACCGGUAUUAAAAAUGAAUAAAAAUAUUGUUUUUAUUUUCUCCCCUUUUUCCUUUUCUUCUCCUAAAGUCAUGCAAGGAAGUAAUAUUGAUCCUUUCUGGUUCUUAUCAAAAUGACCUUUUUUCUCGUUUACUCUUAGCAUCAGAGUAUAGACUACAUCUCUAUAAGGAACACUUACAAAUUCGAGAGGCCCACUGACCAGUGUUUUCAUCGACACGCCAAUUUCUGAUCAGAUACACCAUGCAAUAGCAUAGCUUUCAUUCAUGCAUCAACUUUGAACUUGUGUGACAGUGUUAAAGACAUUAUAUUCUUGGGGUUUGAGGUACAGCCAUUUGAAUCAGUAUGGUAUUCCAUUUUUGAUGGUUGCAGAACUGUCUUGGAACUGUGGAUGCAAGUCUGUGUUUUAUGUGUCAAAGAGGAGCAAUGAUAUGUCACAACAGUUAUCUCAAAAUAAAACUUUUUGUCUGUCA